UCUGUGCGCAAAGAGAGUGCAAAGCGUGCAUAUUAUUUCAUUCUACGCUUCGUACUGCCUUUAACAAUUAUUCUCAGAGUUCUGACCCCGGAAUUGGGGCGCAUUUUCUGGCGACGGCGUCACGAUCGGCUCGCAUUUCGAUUGCCUUCCACAAACAUCUCUCCAGCCUUGAGGCGCUAGUAAAAGGUGCAGCAGCCCUGCGCCCUCCACUCCUCUCGUCUCAUCUGCUUCGACACCUUCCUUCACCAACCACCACUCUCUCACCUACACAUCUACACUCGGCGACCACCUGAGCCUCUCGAUCCAGCAACAACACAACCGUCUUCCCUGUGUGACGUCCGCCUCCGCCUCUUCAUCAAUAUGGCUUCUCAAACCUUCCACCCCGAAGUCCUCUGGGCCCAGCGGUCUUCCUCCACCGAUGCGGCUAAGAAUGUCGUAUUCCUCAAUUUGAUUGCGGCCGACGUGCCACCAGAGAACCUGAAACUCGAUUUGCAACCCACCAAACUCACCUUCGAAGGCAAAUCGACCUCCAAGGGAAUCACCUACCAAGUUGAGCUGGAGUUCUUUGCCGAGAUCGACCCUAAGGAGUCCAAGGUCCACCACUUGGGGAGCGGCAUCGAAUUGGUGCUACGGAAGAAGGAAGUUAAGGAGGAAUACUGGCCGCGCCUCCUCAAGGACUCGAGGAAGAUGCACUUCCUGAAGACCGACUUUUCCAAAUAUGUCGCAGAGGACGAGCAGAACGAGGCGCCCGAAGACGACGAAUACAUGAACAAGAUGAACCCCAUGGGCGGCGAGGGUGGCGGCGAAGGCGGCUUCGGCGGUAUCGAUUUCUCGAAGCUCGGUGCUGGUGGCAUGGGCGGAAUGGGUGGCCUGGAAGGCUUGGGCGGCAUGGGUGGCCUGCCCGACCUGCAAGACCUAGCGGAGAACGGCGAAGACAGCAGCCCGAGCGAGGACGACGACGAUGAGAUGCCGGCGCUGGAAGGCGAUGACGAGAAGCCUGCUGCCGCUGCCACGAAAGAAGCCCCCGCCCCCGCGGCUGCUGCCAAGAUCCAGGAAGUCGAGUAGAUAUUCUGCGCGUAUCUCUAGGUUUUGGCGUCUUGAAUAGGGACAGCGCGUCUUUCUUGACAAAAGACUGGGUGGGAGUCAAAAAUAGGGUAAUGGUCUGAUUGCAAGUGGCGGUGGGUGGUACAUGCUUUUCCGUCAUCGUGGGAGACGACUUGGACUGUUGUGGAUUGACAUUAGGCUUUGUGAUAUAUGCCCUAGCAAGUAGUCCUCUAUUGAAAGUCAGAUCAAUCUCCUCUCGCUUUCUAUGAUGGUCUAAAUGCUUGCAGCUAGUCCUCUAUCGAAAGAUGUCAUUCUCAUCUCGCUUUCUAUGCUAUGGUCUAAAUACUUAUUGCUAGUUCUCUAUUGAACGACGGGCCAACCUCCUCUCGCUGUCUAUGCUGAGCCAGAUGACUGCUGUAAAUGCCCAUUCCCAACGCCCCUAACUAUACCACCUCUAUAUCCCGUCCACCACAGGC